AUGAAGAUUGAUGAGGUGAGGAGAGCAAAAUUGAUAAGAGAGGAAGAGCAAAGGAGAGCUGCACAAAAAGGCCUACAAAAGAGAGCUACAUUAGAGGAGCUGCAAAGGAGAGUUGCACUAGAAGAGCAGCAAAGGAGAGCUGCACCAGAGGAGCAGCAAAGGAGAGCUGCACCCGAGGAGGAGCAAAGGAGAGCUGCACUAGAGGAGCAGCAAAGGAGAGCUGCACUAGAAGAGCAGCAAAGGAGAGCUGCACCAGAGGAGCAGCAAAGGAGAGCUGCACCCGAGGAGGAGCAAAGGAAAGCUGCACUAGAAGAGCAGCAAAGGAGAGCUGUACCCGAGGAGGAGCAAAGGAGAGCUGCACUAGAGGAGCAGCAAAGGAGAGCUGCACUAGAAGAGCAGCAAAGGAGAGCUGCACCAGAGGAGCAGCAAAGGAGAGCUGCACCCGAGGAGGAGCAAAGGAAAGCUGCACUAGAAGAGCAGCAAAGGAGAGCUGUACCCGAGGAGGAGCAAAGGAGAGCUGCACUAGAGGAGCAGCAAAGGAGAGCUGCACUAGAAGAGCAGCAAAGGAGAGCUGCACCAGAGGAGCAGCAAAGGAGAGCUGCACAAAAGGAGCAGCAAAGGAGAGCUGCACUAGAGGAGCAGCAAGGGAGAGCUGCACAAGAGGAGCAGGAAAGAAGAGCUGCACAGGAGGAGCAGCAAAGGAGAGCUGCACUAAAGGAGCAGCAAAUGAGAACUGCACUAGAGGAGGAGCAAAGGAGAGCUGCACUAGAGGAGGAGCAAAGGAGAGCUGCACCAGAGGAGCAGCAAAGGAGCAGCAAAGGAGAGCUGCAGCAAAGGAGAGCUGCACUAGAGGAGGAGCAAAGGAGAGCUGCACAAGAGGAGCAGCAAGGAGAGCUGCAAUUGAUUGAGGAGCAAAAGCUAGCAGACCAGGUCGAAGAGAAGACACUCACUGAUUUUGAGAAGGAAAAGAAAAGAAAACAGAGAGAGGAGGAGGCUGCUGAAAUUUCAGGAGAGGAAAUCAUCAAACAGAUUCAGGAGGAGAAGAAAGCAGAGCAGCAGACUGAACAGCAGAGAAGAGAAAGGCAGAAAAUACAAGAAUGGAUGAGAACUCUAAGAGAAGAGGAGGAGGAGAGGAAAGCAAUUGAAAUAGAAAAAACAAUUAUAAAACAAAAAGAAGAAAAUCAAGCCAAGGGGCAGAAGACCAGAUUCCCUGAGGUGAGCUACACAGCAGUGAAAGAGGAGGAGAAGAGAGUAGCAGGAAAACAAAUGCUAACUCAAAGAGAAGAUGAGAUCAGCGCCAAAGAGAGAGAAGAAGGAAAGUCAGCAGCUCACAGAGAUAAGGAGAGAGCCCCUCAGAGGGAUGAGCAGAAAAAAGUAGCACAGAGGAUGGCUGCUCUCCAAUAUUAUGCCAUCACAUCAACAGAAUCAGAGAGCAAACCUGAAGAAAGACAACUAUGCUCCCCUUUACUCCCCCAACAAAGAAACAAUCCAUCAGAGCUUGAGUCAGCCGAGGACACAGGACCCCACCCUCGACCUUAUAGGCCACAUGCCCCUGCAUCUCCGGUUCCAUCUCUGCCCCGCUCCAACACCGCCUCUCCUGCUCUGGGACCCAAGCCCUCAAUGUUCAGGGUGAAGGAUAACACCACCAGAGGUUAUUCUUUCACCAAGUCAGUCAAGCCACGCUUCCAUAAGAACCUUGGAGAGGAUUUCCAUGCAGGGUUGACCAUGGACAGGCAGUUAGAGCGAGGAGAUGAGGAGCAGGAGAUAAUGAGACCAAGUACUGUUACUUCUGCUCAUCCUGACAUAGAGAUAAAUAGACUUGAUACUGUCAAAGAAUCAUUGACUUUUCAGCCAGUAUCUUCAUCACAGGGUUACCCAGCCCCUCUCCCACAGCACAGGCCUUACUUCAGGAGGAGCAUUGCUCUGGAUGAUGAUGACUCCCGCUCUGUCAUCAGCACCAUGUCAGAGGAUGUGGAGAGUUUUGCCUCCAGUGCAGCACACCUGUCAGAUGUACGAUGCAUGUAUGACUACAAGAGGCCAGAAUCCGCCUGUAGCUUCAGCAGUGAUAUGUCCCGUUCUUUGGGCAAGCCUCCAACUGUUCCCCCAAAGAGUGACAAAGCCUUGCGCAGGGCAAAAAGGUUGAGCUCUCGAAGGAUAAACAGAGAGUUAUCCAAAGCUGUAGCAGACAACACUGCUGGAGUUAAGAAAUCUCCUCAAGAAGUCUCCAAUAUCCCUUCCACCUCCUCUACUGAGGUACGCUUUUUCACCCGUCAUGCUGUGGCCUCCCCUCAUAUUUCUGCACUUGUCUCCCUUGCUCAUGCUCCAGCAUUAGGGUCUAGCUUGCCUUCCCACACAGAGCACCAAUCUUCUAACCACUCUAUCCAUGCUCCCUCUUAUGCCACUUGUCCUAUCUCCCUCCCAGCUUCCUUGCCUCAUGCUAAUGCCCCUGCUUCCCACAUUGCUGCUCCUAAAACAGUGGCUCAUGUUGCUUCUUCUCCCACUCUCCAACAUGCAAACCACCCAGCUCCAGUAACACAGUACCACGUAGAGUCAAGCUAUCCCCAGCCCUACCCACUGACCCAACGCAAAGUGCUGCAAGACCCUGGCUCUGGUCAGUAUUUCGUAGUGGACAUGCCUGUUCAAGUGAAAAAGAAGACUUUUUUUGACCCAGAGACAGGAAAUUAUGUUCAGCUCAAUGUCCGUGAAUCUAGCCAGAGCACGUCCUGCCCUCAGCUUCAGCAAACAUACUCACAGCCUCAGCUCCAACCACAAAUUCAGGCCAUGCUGCACCAGCAUCCCCUUUCCCGAGCCUCUCCAGCUGGCAAGCCCUUUGUGCUUUAUCAAGGCUACGAUGGUUGUCCCCAAGGUCACCAACCUAUCAACUCCGUUGCACCCCACAGGUCAUCAGGCCCUGUGGCUCUCCACCAGGACCAACAGCCUGUCAGGGAGAACCACAGCUAUGGAUACUCAGCCCCUCAAAUGGGACAAAACUCUGAAGGGAGUUGCUAUAGCCCAGAGAAGACACCGUACAUGGACACGGUUAAUGAAACAGACAAAACAUAUAGCACAGUUUACAACACACAUGGCUCGUAUGAGUCGUUCCCAGAGUGUGACACAAACAGCCAGCUUGCAGGAAGCUCAGUUUGUGAAAAUGAUAACUCAGCCCACUCACGAUAUCAGCCCCGUGAUAUAAUAGCUAUGAGUGAGCUGGAGGACUUUAUGGAGGUGUCUGACUGGUGAGAAAAAAGACUAGAAGCUUUGACUCAAAAACUGGGUUGUAAUAAUGUAAAACAGACAAGUAGCUAAAUAAAGUAUUUAAUUAGAUAGAAAACCCAAAACUGCAGUAUGAAUGAAUUAGCAUUUACAGUAUUUUAAGUUUGUAAAUGACUUUUUCAGGUGAAAAUAGGCACAGAAUGUUUUUGGUUUGUAGUUUUAAAGUCUCUGUGACAUGCUGUUAAAUUGCUGCUGUUGGCUUUGGAAAUUCACUAUUGAGCUAUUUAUUGUGUUACAGAGAAGUUGACCAUUCCAUUUGAUUUCUGAAUGUGAGAAGCUAAGAUCUAUUUCUUGUGUAUAUAUUAUGAUCAGUAUCAAGCUGCCAUCUAACCCUAGAAGUGUGCAAUUAUACAUAAUAUUAAACAAUGUUGGUUUCUGCUAUGAACAUUUGCAGACCGGCUUAAAUGUUCAUUCUUUUUUUUCCUCCUUGGAGUUUUGGCAUUUUGUGAUGCAUGAAAUAUUGUAUUGUUAAACCAACAUCCUCAGAGAUCUCCAGAUGGUGUAAAGCGUAGUUUGUGUCUUCAACCACUGUCAAAGUGAAAACAGUGAUGUGAUUGUUGUUGUUUUUAAAGUAUAAUUUCAUACAGUAGUCCUUUUUUUUCAGGUUUUUGAAAAUGUUUCUGUGUUGCUGUGAAACAGAGUCGUGUUACAGGGACUUAUUCAGGCAAUAAAAACACACUUCAUUCAACUGAAAUA